ACGACAAUGUGUGAGCUGGCGCGAUGGUAGUAGCAGCUGACAUUGGUGCUGGAAUGGAUGAACGCUUCCUUCCGCGAGGUCUUCGAGCAAUUCCAAGGAGAGCACGGCUUCGAGCCGUGCGCUCUGCCGCAGGCGAUGCGCUUGCUGGGCAUGAACCCCACCGAUCAGCAAGCUUCGGAACUGCAACGGAAAUUCGGCGGCUGCAUUGGAUAUGAGGAGUUCUGCAAAGAAAUGGAGGAGCUGCUGGCUCGGUGGCUGGCCAGAGACCAGGCGCAGCAGCUUCUCCAAGACUUCCAGGUCUUUGACCCGGAUCGCACUGGCAGGAUCUCUGUCCAAAAGCUGGUGGACAUCAUGAGGAUGUCAGGAAAUGUCUUCAGCGAAGCAGAGCUGGAGGACAUGUUGCUGAACGCUGGCGUUGACGGCACCACAGUGGAGUACAAGGAUGUGGUCUUCAAGCAUUUCUUCGGAGCCGGAAGCGGCUGCGUGGUGGGUGACUGGGAGUCGCUAAAGGCAGCGCAACCCAUGGAUGCUCUGCAGGAAGCUGCCACCUUGAACACUGUGGCCAAGCUGAAAGCAGAACGAGGACAGAUGCAGGAAGCCUUGGACUUGCACAGUCAAGCUUUGGCCAGAGUGGAAAGCCACGCAGCUGACCACCCCACGGCUGCUGCAACGCUUCACAGCAUGGCUGCUCUAAAGGAGGCGAUGGGCCAUGCUGAUGCAUUGGAGCUCUACCUGCGAGCUCUAGGUAUCCGCGAAAAGGUUCUGAGGCCGAAUCAUUUCUAUGUUGCCACAACGUUGGACUGCAUCGCGAAUCUGAUGGACCGCUCUGGGCAGAUAGAGGAGGCCCUGCGCUUUGCGUGCAGAUCUCUUGAGAUUUGGGAGCGGUUCUUUGGGUCGGAGCACUCCCACAUCGGGAAGAUCCUCUACAACCUGGCGGGCCGGCGCGAGCAGCUGGCCGACCUGCACGGCGCCCUGGAUUUCUACGUUCGCGCCCUGGGGAUCUUCACCCGGUCCCAAGGGGAGAGCGAGGAGGUGGCGGACACCCUGGACGGCAUUGCGGAACUGAUGAUCCGGCUGGGGCAGACGCGGGAAGCCGUGGACUUCUACCGACGCGAGCUCUUCAUCCGCGAGCGGCUGCUGGGCUCAGCUCACCCCGAAGUCUUGCAGCUCCGGGCCGUGAUGGCAUCCCUGGAGGCCAGCUGAAAGUCCUGCAGCCCGAUCUCGAGAUCUGAACCACGACGCGCAACGAGGAGAACUUCCUCCCGGCUGAGCUCUUGACGCGCGCGAAACGGCGCGCCGCGAGAGGAGAAGGCCCCUUGGGCCAUGCUGCAGA